UUCGUCGGGUGUCUGCUCUGCUCUGUUGUUUUGGGAGGCAAUUCGAGCGCUGUUUGGACUAUCAUCGCAUUUUUGUUUAGACUGCAGUAAGAAUACGGCAAAUCAUGGCUAGCAGAUUUGGAGUCAGUUUAUUGCGGCAACCGGCGAGCCGGAUAUUGCUCACCGCAGUGUCGUCUUCGUCAGCAAGACAGUUCACGAGCAUCGCGCGAAGCAGCAGCAGCUCGUUCGGCAGAGCUGCGGUCACAGUGCCGCUACAAAGGCAGUUUUCGUCGUCGGCGAUAAGUUGGCACGGCCAUGUUCACACGCCUGCGCCGGGAGAGGAGAUCCGGGUCACUUUUAUAACAAGAGAAGGAGAGCAGGUUGCUAUAGACGCUGCUGCCGGGGAUAAUCUUCUUGAUAUCGCCCAGGCGUAUGACUUGGACAUGGAGGGCGCCUGCGGUGGCUCUUGCGCGUGCUCGACUUGCCAUGUAAUCGUCGACCCAGAAUACUACGACCUCAUUCCCGAACCAGAUGAUGACGAGAACGAUAUGCUCGACCUGGCCUUCGGUCUCACUGAGACAUCACGCCUUGGAUGCCAAGUUACAAUGACAAAAGAGCUCGACGGGCUGAGAGUCGCGCUUCCCCAGAUGACCAGAAACCUACAGGCUCGCGAUUUCGAAAAGCGAUAAGCUCUACUUUAGAAAAAAUGUUUAAUAUCUCGUCUUCUCAUUUUUGACUUUGUGGCGUGUGGGCGACCUGGUAGAGAUGAUUCGUGCUUGGUGACAAGAGGUGAAGGUGGGUUGGAGCGAAACGGAAUCCAUAAUAUGUAGCAUAUAACACGAGUGCGGAAGCAAGUUGCAGACUGCUUCGACACCAGUUGUAAUUCCAGUCGGGUUUUUUGUAUAUAUUCAGAGGAGGUUCUCUACAUUGCAGA